UCGACAGCCGUUCAUUUGCCCGCCGUAAAGUCCUAGCGACUCAAUUUGUUCCUGUAGCAUACUACACAAUUGCGUCCUUGAUCUACAAUCAGCAAAUCGAAACACCACACAUCAACCAAACAUGAAGACUCAGUCUAUGCUCAUUGCGGCUCUGGCCUCUGCACCUGCGGCUCUUGCUCACACUGCUUUCACCGACUUCUACGUCGAUAGCGUUCCUCAGGGUGAUGGUGUUGCCAUGCGUAUGAGCACCAACGUCGAGCACUCGACUGCUCCUAUCUCCAGCCUCGGUAGCGACGACAUGGCUUGCAAUGUCGGUGGCUCGAAGGGUGUCUCUCGCGUUCAGUCCGUCUCAGAUGGCGCAACACUCUCGUUCGAGAUCCGUGCCUGGCCUGCGGAUGCUUCCAAGGAGCGCCUUGACCGUGGACACAAGGGUCCUUGUGCUGUCUACCUGAAGAAGGUCUCCUCUGCCAUCGAGGACACAGCUGCUGGCGAUGGCUGGUUCAAGAUCUUCGAACACGGCUACGACUCCUCCACCGAUCGCUGGUGCUCGGACGAGGUUAUCGACAACAACGGUCUCCUCAAUGUCAAGCUCCCCGCCAACCUAGAGCGCGGUAACUACCUCGCUCGCCCCGAGCUUCUUGCUCUUCACGCCGCAAAUGACAACGACCCUCAAUUCUACACUGGUUGUGCCCAGAUCUUCCUCGAGAGCGACGGCAAUCUUGUCCCCGAAUCCACUGUCUCCAUCCCCGGAUACGUCGAUUACGGCGAGCCCAGCACUAGCUUCGACAUCUACAACAAGGAUGCCUCCACCUACGAGAUGCCCGGCCCCAAGAUCGCAAAGCUCACCGCCAACUCCGCAGCCAAUGAUGCCUCUGGCCAGACCACCCAGACCGAGGGCCAGAAGCCCGCUGGCUGUCUUGUCGAGAACGCCAACUGGUGCGGCACGGAGGUUUCCGACUACACCACUGAGAAGGGCUGCUGGGCCUCCGCUGAGGAGUGCUGGCAGCAGGCCGAGACGUGCUUUGAUGAGGCCCCUAUCACUGGCAGCGCUGGCUGCACGCUCUGGCAGACCAAGUGCCAGGGCAUCAACGACCAGUGCACAGCUGGUAACUUCCAGGGCCCUCCUAACAAGGGCAAGGUCCUUGCUCAGGAGAAGAAGAGCAUCGAUAUCGGUACAGUUCUGUCUGGUGGCAUUGACUCUUCUGAUGUCGACACCACACCUAAGUCUACCAAGAAGACCUCUGCGGCCCCUACCAAGGCUACCAGCACUGUGUCUGUUAAAGAGGAGCCUAAGGCUACUUCCACUGAGGCCGCCUACCCUACUACCACCGACUACUCCUCGCCUCCCAUCAAGGAGGUCGACGACUCCGAAGCCGAGCCCAGCGAGGCUGAGACACCCAAGGCUACCUCCACCGUUCACGUCGCACCUUCUGAGGCCGCACCUGCUCCCACUGCAGCUCCUGAGCUCCCUGAGUCCUCCGAGGGUGGCUCCAGCUGCAAAGAUGGCUACGUCUGCGUGACCGUCACCGAUAUCCAGGUUGUCACACAGUACAUCACCGUGACUGCCGACUACAACGAGUACCGAAAGCGUGACUCUGCGCACGUUGUUCGUCGCCGUCAUGCCCGCCGCUAGAUGUAGUUUGAUUGAUGAUGGUUGAACCUGUGAAGAUUACCUUCUGUAACGAAUGUUACGAGCGCAAAGCGCUGUUUGGGAUAUGAGCGGGUUGCUCUUUGGGU